AUGCCUGCUGGCUUCACGAAACAAAUACGGAGGAAAUGCUUAACGCAAGCAAGACAAAUCAAGUUCCUAAGCAGGCAUGACAGAGAUCCAACGGAACAUCACCUAAGUUCUCACGGGGUCUCCAAAGCACUCAGAAAUCCACGCAGAGAGCCGAACUCCUCUCCCCGGUCCUCUGAAAUCGCUAACGUCGCGGUUUUCCCACGCUCCCCUGCAGCAUGUCAGGCACCGGCCCAGGGACCUUGCAGCACCCCACGAGACCCACGGGCGCGGACGCCUGCACUGCCUGCAAGAGCCGGCAGAGGGCAGUGCGCCUGCGCGGAGCCUUGGCCGCGCUCGGGGUUCACCGGCAAAAGCGCUCCUCCCCCAUCACGCCACACCGGGUUCCGGGGGUUCUCCCGGGACGGACGGGGCGCACCCCGACCGCCGCUCUCUCACGCAGACAUCCCUACAGCCCUCCCCCCCACCCCUGGUGCUGACUUCCCCUUCCGCUUUCUUAAGACCCUCUUCCGCUCCGGGGAAACCUCACCCUCCGCCGCGCGCGGCCCGCUUCCGCUCCCACACCGGCUUGUUUCCUCUCGCCGGGCGCUCCGAAGGAACGCCCACCGCCCCGGAAGUCCCACCCCCCUUGUCCGCAGACUCUCCCUUUCGGGGACUUUCUCCCCAAAGUGUGGCCAGCCGGAGAGAGCGGCUGGGCUGCUGCUGCGGGUGACAGGUGGUGGGUGUAGGGUUCAGGCUAGGGAAAGGAGAUCCCCUAAACCCUUCCCGCCCUGUUUGGCUGCUAACCUGGAAACAAGGAAAGGGGGAGAGAAAGUGUGGCAUGUAGCCCAGACUAUCAAGAAUCCACCCUGAAGCUAAGGCUGGCCUGAAAUGCCUGAUACUGCUACUUCCACUACCCAACUUCUGGAAUCACAGGCAAGCUUGAGAUUUUCAGGAUUUUUGAGAGAGACUUUUUUGUUGUUGUUGUUGUUGUUUUUUUUUUUUGUUUUUUUUCAGGAGGCCUUGGAGUAACUUCAGGAGAGUUCAACAAACCUACCAACAGUCCAUUGUAAACAUGUAAUCCAACCUUGACCUAAGAGUCUUUCCAGAUGUCCUAUGAAUAAACUCAGAAGAUUCAGAUGGCUCUUAUUAGGCAUAUUCAAAAAUACUAGUAAAGUGCCUGACUUGACUGUCAACCCUAGCACCAAUUCCAGAAAAAGAAUCUUGGGAGAUCAGAGAUCAGUCCCUACAGGAGAAGAGGAGGCUGGAUAUUGUUGACCAAAUAGAAAGAAAGCUUGGAAAACUUGACAUAGUCCCUAAGCAUCAGAUUUUCCCAGCAUGAAAAAGAAAAGAAAUUAGAAUCUUCUCACACCAACAAUGCAAAUUCAUUCAAUAUGGGUAAAAAUAUAAGGCACAAAAUACUAAGACUACUAGAAAAUAAGAACACAAACAGGUUCUUGACAUUGAUCUAAUAAUUUUUAUUUUGAUCCCCAAAGUAUUGGCAAUUCAAGAAGAAACGUAGACAGAAUUACAUGGAACUGAAAAGUUUAUAACAAUGAAUUAAUGGAAGAAAUGAGAGAAGAUAUUUGUGAACAACACUCAAAUACCCAAAGUCCAUAUGGAACUCAACUUAAUAGCACUAGAAACAACUGUACUUAUUUUUAAAGAAAUAAACAGAUUAUGUUUCUGAAUAUACAUUUUCAGAAUGUACAGAGUUCAACACAGGGUCAAUGACUAACCCUAGUACUCAGGAUGUGAAGGCAAAAUGGUCACCAAUCAAGUUUUAGGCCAGCAUGUACUACACCAUGAGACUACCUCAAAGGGGAAGAAAGAAAACAACAAAACCCACAAGCAAAAUGAACAAAUACAAAUAGCCAAAAGGUAGAUUAAAAAAAAGUCAGCUCCACUAAUUCCCAGGAGAAGGCUAACUAAAACCCUACUAAGCUAUCACUUCACAUUGUUCAAAUUGCUAUUACCAAAAUACAAAGACAACAGGUAUUGAUGAGAAAGUAAAAAAAAGCCCCUGAGCAAUGUUUGUGAGAAUUAAAUUAGUAUGGCUGUUUGGAAAAUGGCAUAAAAGUACACUAAGAUAUUAAAAAUAAUCUACCAUAUUACACAUGACUUAUACUUCUGUGUUUAAACAAAAUCUCUUGUAGAUAUACAAAAGGAAAUGAGUAUGUUGAAAGGUGUCUGUUUAUUUCACUGAAACACUAAUUUUAAAAUAGCUAAGAUAUAGAAUCAGUCUGAAUGUCUAAUGCAGGAUCAAUACCUAAGGAAAAAUUACUAUAAUUUUAAUGUAUGAUCUUAAUACUGGACUUUGUUAUGUAAUUUAGGCUGGCCAUUGUGGUUGUCUGAAAGAAAAUGGCCCCCAAAGGGAAUGACACUAUUAGGAGGCCUUAUUGGAGGAAGUGUAUCACUGUGUCACUGUGAGGGGUGGGCUUCGAGGUCUCUUUUUCGAAAGCUUCCCUCAGUGAGACAGUCAAUUUCCUGUUGGCUGCAAGAUGUAGCACUCUGGGCUCCAGUACCACACUGCCAUGCUCCCCUUCAUGAUCAUAAUGGACUGAACUUCUGAAAUUUUAAGCAAGCCACCCUCAAUUAAAUGUUUUCUUUAUAAGAAUUGCUGUGGCCAUGGUGUUUCUUCACAGCGAUAGUAAACCCUGACUAAGACAGUCAUGAAAAUGGCUGCCUCUGAUUCUUGUGUGCUGGGAUAACAGGGGUAUGCUGCCACAUCCAGUUUUAAUGGGACAGUUUACAAUAGCAGUGUUUUCAAUAAAUAAUGCUGGAACAAUUGAAUGCCACAUUCAAGAGAUCCACAGCCAAACCAGGAGUCCAGUCAAAGAGAGAGAAGGAUUCUAUGAGCAAGGGACAUCAAGAUCAUGAUGGGGAAACCUACAGAGACAACCAAAACAAACUAGUGGGAAUU